UGGCAAUACUUGCUGUGGGAGGGGCUAUAGAGAUAUAUGAUCUGAAGACAGAACAGCUGACAGCUUAGAGUGAGUUCCACUGUGCACAAGAUACCAGGGAAUCAGGAGGUGGAAACAUGUCUGGAAAACCCAGGCUGCACUACUUCAAUGGACGUGGCCGCAUGGAACCAAUUCGGUGGCUCCUGGCAGCAGCUGGGGUUGAGUUUGAAGAAUCUUACCUGGAAAAAAAGGAGGAUCUGACAAAGUUACAGAAGGAUGGAUCCCUGCUCUUUCAGCAAGUGCCAAUGGUAGAGAUCGAUGGGAUGAAGCUGGUGCAGACCAGAGCCAUUGCCAACUACAUAUCAACCAAGUACAACCUCUACGGGAAGGACGUGAAGGAGAGAGCCCUAAUUGAUAUGUACGUGGAAGGAAUGUUCGAUCUAAAUAUGUUACUCCUGAAAUAUGGCUACUUACCCCCAGGCAAAAGGGACGAAAAUUUUGCAAAUAUGAUGGACAAGGCUGAAAACAGAUACUUCCCAGCCUUUGAGAAGGUUUUGAAAGACCAUGGAAAAGACUUUCUGGUUGGCAACCAGCUGAGCAGGGCAGAUGUUCAAUUACUUGAAAUCAUUUUAAUGGCAGAGGAGUGCAAAUCUGAUAUACUUGCCAAAUUUCCUCUCUUGCAGAGUUUCAAAGCAAGAAUAAGCAAUAUCCCCACAAUAAAGAAAUUCCUGCAGCCUGGCAGCCAGAGGAAACCACGAAUAACAGAGGAAGAGUUACCCAGUGUGAUCAAAAUUUUCGACUGA